AUGAACGCGAAGCACGCGGCGUUGUGGGAUGAAGUGCAGGGCUCCUGCGAGGUCUUUAAACUACAGACUGCACUCGGCGCUGGUGUUGACCCCUCCAUGUUGCUGGACGGAUGGACACCACUGCAUUUCUUGUGUGAAAAUCGGUCGGUGGGGCCGACAUCGCGCGCUGAGGGGCUGCAAUUGCUGCUGCGUGCGGGUUUCGACGCCAACGCUGUGGACGAGAACGGAUGUAGCGCGUUGCAUCUUCUGUGCCAGAACAAAAGCGGCGGCGACGGAGAUCUCGUGCCCAGUAUCCAGCUGAUACUGGCGGCCAGGGCCAACGUGAACCUGCAGACGUCUGACAACAAGAAGUCGGCGCUACAUUUUCUGUGCGAGAACGAGGCGGUCUCGGAGGACGCACUGGAAGCUUUGCUUAAGGCCAAGCCGGAUGUGAAUUCUGUGGAUGGGGAUGGCAACAUUCCGCUCCAUUACUUGGCCGAGAACGCCUACGUUACGAAUCGUAUGUUCAGCCUUCUGCUGACGGCAGCGACGAAUCUCAACAUCCAAAAUCAUUUUCAAUCUACGCCAGCGCACUACAUCUGCCAGAACAGUCGCGUGACGCAGCUCAUAAUUCGCGAGCUGCUGCAGUUUAAGGCCAAUUUCAACAUCAAGAACAAUAUUGGAAAUACGCCCGUCCAUUAUCUGUGUGAGAACGACGUAGUGACUGUGGAUAUGCUGAAGGAGCUCAUGAGUAACAAGCCCGUGAACGUCACUAUCACCAAUUCGCUGGGAAAACUUGCAAGUGACUACAUCCCAUCUCGAAAGCACGAAUGUCUUGCUUUCCUGCAGAAGUUCACGGCGCCUAACUUGGAUCGUACGGGCGGCAACUCAACUGCAUCCAAUGAAAUUGGUGGUGAGGACCCGAGUGAACUGCCGGAGCCUCUGAAAAAGGCAUUGGCGGCGUGGAAUGCAUCGCUGCCUCCUUUCGAUGCAGCUUUCUACAACGCAGUAUCAUGCGAAGCAGCGUUUGAACCCACCUACGAAGAAGUUCAGGAGGUCUCGGGGCGCGCGUGUGAGGCUCCAGGCGAUGCAUCAAUCUUCGCAGCGUGGGAAAAGAGUUUGAGCAAGUGGCGCGCUUGCAUCAUGUUGGCGUAUGCAGCGCUGGUGCCGCCUAACGUUUGGCACCAAUACGCUGAGCAAUUCCAGCGCCCGGUGCCUUCUGAUCUGUCAAAAGUACGCGGAAGAGUCGAGGCAGCGUGGCAGCAGUUCCCAGAGCAGACCCAGCGUCGCGGGCGUUUUGAAGCGCUUGCCGGUGUGUUUAACCCAUAA